GCGGCGGCGCUCGGCACGCGGGCCUCCUGCAGCCGCCGCCGAGCGAGCCGGGCGCCCUCCCAGCCGCGGGCCGACCAUGAGCUGCGGCGCGGGGGCCGCGGAGGGCAGUGAUGAUCACAAUGUCUCUUCAGAAGAAAAAGGUUGCCCUAGCCCCAACCUAGACACUUCAAAGGACUCUAAAUCAGGAGAGGACAGCAGUUCCGAGAGCAGUUCUGACAGUAGUGACUCUGAUAACGAGGAGCCCAAAACAGAAGAGACAAAUGAGGAACUGGGAGAGGCUUCCGCCGAGGGCGCUUCCGCUCAGGCUGAAGAAUGGGGAGACAAAGAAACACACACAGAGCAUUUUAAUUCAGAAUGUAUUAAAAUUGAACCUCACUGUCAACACUGUAAUGCUGAAAAUAAACACAACGAACAAGUGACCCCUAGACGCCUUUCCGGGGGACAGUUUUUGCUGAAGGUGGACACGGAGGGAGUGUACGAGUGCACGGAAACGGGUCUGAUCUUUGAGGUUAACAGGAAAGUUGACAUCAAGUAUUGCAUCUUGUCCUGGAGCAAAUACGCAGACCUGGUUGUCAAGCCCUGGGCUGUUGGGGGACCCAUGUUUGAUGUCAAGUGUGACCCAGCCUGUCUUACCUCCAUUCAGUUUCCACAUUCCCUCUGCCUGGGCCGCCAAGAUGCCAACAUGACAUUCCGAGUCUUACACGUUAAAAAUUCCGAGGCCUCAUUAGAAUGCCCUGUGGACCAUUCUUCGACCCAUGUGAAAUGGCACGUGAGCUCUCUUUCUCCUGUGGGACCUGUGAUUCAAAGCGAAGAAACGUUGUACCACCACGGGGCUGUGAUUCUGUACAAAGUCAUCGACCAGAAUCCAUCCUUAUCUUUCCGGGUGUACAUAGCAACCAACAACGAGUCCUUCAUCAAGGACAUUGCCAAGGCUGUCAAGCACUCCUCUAAGAAAUUCAUGAAAAUCGACAAGCCUCCGGUGUGCCUCAAGUUAUUGCAGAACGGCAAGAAGUACAGACUGGUCAGUGAACCGGAAGCCGACAUCACCCCCGAGGAAAUUGAAUUUGUGGAUGGUUCCACUUUAAAACUGAAAAGUUAUAUUGAAGUUUAUUUGGAGCAACCAAUGGAGUUUAAAUUACUGUUGGUCGAAAUGGAUUCCGACGAGAUUGUGUGGAAAGCCAAACUGAGAGAAUGUGACUGGGUUCAACACGAACAGAGUCAGAACGUUUCCAAGAGCAGCACAAGUGGUAAAAGGCGGCGUAAAGUAAGUAGCACUUUGCCUGAAGAGGAGAUCAAUGCUAAAAGGCUGAAGCAGGUUGACACGUCAGAUGCAGCAAAGACCCCGGUAACAGACGAUCAGUUGAUUACCCUUGCUGGGAAGUUGGGGAAGGAGUGGAUAAAAGUUGCCAUUGUCAACCUGGAGUUGGACAUCAGCGAUAUCGACGAUAUCCGGGAGAAGAAUGAAAAUGUGACGAUUUGUAAGUUUUGGAUGCUGAAGAAGUGGCAGGAGAAGGAGAAGAGCAACGCCACAGUCCAGAAUUUACAUAGCUGCUUGAAAAACGUCUCGGCGGAAGUCCAGGAUGUGCUGGAAGGUUUCUUAUAGGCAACAUGAAAUUUAGAAGAUGAACCGAAAAAGGAAGCCUCAGGAACGUUUUAUCCGCGAAACACCAUUUCACCGGGUCAUUGGGGUAGCGACUUAAUGCGACCUUGAACCCAGUCUCUGGAACAACUUCUUCCCCGCCCGCCCCUCUGUAGCUCACACUAUCCAGGGGCAAAGAGAAUGCAACAUUUUGGGAAAACUUGAGGAAGAAAACACCUUUAUAACCUCAAGAUUUUUUCUUUUAUUUUUUGGCACCUCUGGCUCACACCAUCCCACCAGCUCCCCACCCCAAAUAGGUACCAUCCCAAAGGGUGCUUAAAAUAACUCAACUCAGGCAGGUGAGAAAUGUGGUAAUAUUCUUUUUUCGGAGCCGAGUGGACUCUGAAAUUCCUACCAAGUGUUUGGAACACUUUUAGCAGCGACACGGUGGUGCGCUUACACUUGCACCGAUUCAGUGUAGCUUUUGUCGGGCUGACAUUCAUCACGACGAGAGGUUCCUGUUCUCCCAGCCUCCACAGGUUUGGGGGGGUGAUCCCAGGAUGAGCUGCCGCUGCCCAUUGCUCCCCUGGUUGCAAGCCUCCCGGAGUCCCUUAGAGGGUACGCAUGCCACUGGGCACAAUGGAUCUUUCCACGUGGGAUUGAAUUUUUUCCGCGUCGCCCAUCUCUAACCUCUCUGGUUAGCGGCCCGUUAAACAGUCAAACCCAUCCGGUCGCCUGGUCCCGGAGUGAUUAGAACGGAAUGUCAUCCUCUCCCCAUCGGAGCGUUGAUAAGCUCACUCCCAGGUGAUCUCCUCGCCUUCCCCGGGCAAGUUCAACUGGACCCGCUGUCAGAGUUGCUGUAAGUGUCAUCAGCUUUCUGAGCUCGCCGGGCCAAGCACUGCCUUUCUGGACUGUGACCCUGGGAUCGUUUACUUUGGGGGUGGGGGUAGGUGGGGAACCCGCUCAGAAACGGCCUCCGCCGGACCACGGGAGAACCGUCGCCUCUUCUUGAAGAAGACUCGCCCUCGGGGACCAUGGGUCACACUGGCUCUUGAUAAUUGGUGUGUUCUGUGUGUACAGAUACUGUCCCUCCUCCAGAAUCAUGCCUGUGGUGAUUAGCAUUUUGGAUAUGUGUUGUUAACUUAUUGGAAGACACUAUCAAUUGCCCUUUAGUCUUCUGUCGUCAUUAGCUGGAGAGUAAAAUGAAUCUCAAUGAAUUAAGCAGAGAGACACACUUUAUGGUUUUGCCUGUGAAGAAGAACAGAUUUACUUUAUAGGGAAUAACGUAUUUUUUAACUGUCCGGGAUCCUGUGGAAUUCAGAUCAGUGUCACUUUAAUGAGUUUUUUUGUUUUGUGUUGUUUUUUUUUUUUAAAAUUGUACUAUAUUUUAGGAAACACGUGGACUUUUAACAUUCGGAAGUGUAAACUACGUAAAAGGACUUAAAUUUUUUAAAUGUUUAUUAUUUUUUUAUAAGUUGUUUUUCAAAGAAAAGCAUAAUUGCAGAAAAGCUUUGUAUAUCAGCUGGUUUCCUAGCCAUUUUCAUACUAUGGAUGAAGGGAAGAAAAAUAAACCUGCAUUUAUUUGUACAGUGCA